AUGCGCACCAUCACUUUCGAAUUCGUAAAACGGGAGGUGCCUGUAUCUCUCGAUCUCUGCCUGCCGGAUGCUCCUUCUUCCGAGCCGCUGCCCGUCUUCAUCUGGUGGCAUGGUGGUGGUCUGAUCCAGGGCGCGCGUCAGGCUAUGGCGCCACACCUCAAACGAGCUGUCGACAAGUACAACAUUGCUGUGGUAUCGACCGACUACCGAUUGGCACCACAGGUGCGUGUUCCCGAUAUCCAGCACGACAUGGAAGACUGCCUUGCCUUUGUCAUCGAGCAGCUUCCCGGAGAGCUCGCUGCAAAGGGAGAGUCGACAAAGCUCGAUACGGACCGCAUCGUACUCAGCGGCUCUAGUGCCGGUGGAUGGCAAUGCCUCAUGGUCGGACUGGGCAUGUGCCCCAACAGCAAACCGGAGCAUCUGCAAAAAGUCAAAGGCAUCGCUGCAAUCUAUCCAAUCACCACCAUGGACCAUCCUUUCUUCCUCGAAAAGCAGACACCGUUCGGUGGCCUGCUCAAGGACGAUCCAGACUCAUUUGCCGACUUCCGCGACCCCGAUGCACCAGUGACGGCGAACUCGGCAGCCGUCGAGCAUCGAAGAAAAUUCUACAUGCAUGCUCAGCAGGAAGCGCUCUUCCCAUCGCUUCUCUUCUCGAAAGAGCAGCGCGAUCAAGGCUGGAUGCAAAAGACCGACGUCGUCACUUUCUUGAACCAGAGCUCGGAGCAUCAGAGGAAGAGUUUCCCUCCAGUAUACAUCGUUCACGGCGAGAAGGACACGGCCGUCGAUGUGGAUCAUGCGCGUCGACUCGAAAAGGCGCUCAAGGCGGUAGGGACGUCGGUUGUUUAUGAUGAAGUUCCCGGUCGAGACCAUCUGUGGGACCAGCUCGAGCCAGACGAGAACCUACAGGCGUUGUGGGACUUUACCAUCCAGAAGCUUCGCUCGUAA